AUGCAAUAACAAAAAAACAAAAAAAAGAAAUUUUAAAAGCACCAAAGAUCUGGUUAAUAACAUGCAUAAUCAGAUAUUCUAUAUAGUGGAUUUCUAAUUACAUGUGAUAAGAAUAGAGAAAGAGAAUCAGUGAAAGAAGGCUAUUAAAUCAUUGAAUAAUAUGUAGAAUAAAUUUAUCCUUAAGAAUCAUAAAAAUAUGAAAAAAUGCUUGAAUAAAAUGCAAAUAACAAAGGAAUGAUCAAAAUGCUAUAUAAUUUUGAAACUAAAGUAAAAUGCGUGAUUUUCAUCAGAAUUAAUAGUUAAGAAUUUCCAUCAAUAGAUGUUGAUGAAUUAAGUCGAAUUAUCUUAAGUGAUGUUUAUGAAAAGUCUUAACAAGUUGCUCGUUAUAUCUAUAGAUUGAUUCCCAUUUAAUAUGUAUUUCGAGCAACUUUAGAUGAAUUUAAAAAAUACGCUACUCUACUUAUCAAUAAGUAUUUCCAAUUAGAUAGACCACAUCCAUGGUUUUUGAUAUUUAAAACUAGAUACACUGAUAAAAUCAAUAAAUAAUAGGUAUUAUCAAUCUUGUAAGGUUUAAUCGAACCAUUACACUAUCAAGAUUGGUAAGAACCUGAAUUUGUUUUCUUUGUAGAAGUGAACGGUGCCAUUAUGUACAUAAAUAUUUUACCUAAAUAUCAUGAAUUUAGAGAAUACUCAAUUAGAAAAGGUGGAUAACCUAUCUUAGAUACUAUUCCUGAAAGAAAAACUAAUUUUGCAGACAAAAUAGUCAAAAAAGUCAAAUGUUAAAAAGAUGAAGAAGUCUAAAAUGUUAUAAGUAUUUAGGAUCCAAAUUCAGACUUUUAAAAAAAAGAAUUUUUCGUAGAAGCAGACGUAGAUUUGUUGUGA